UCUCGGGGAAACUACGCGGAUCCUUCCCGAGGCUCUCGCCCCGCCCUGGUUCUCUGCUCCCUCCCCUUUGCUGGGGAGCCGGGGCUGGUCCGCGCCGGGGAGAAGGCUCGGGCAGCCUGGGCGGGGAGCCGGCUGAGGGGCCGCGGAGCCGCUGACUGCCCGUUCGUCCCGCCAUGUGACACCGCCCUCCGCCCAGCGUCCCCUGGCCGCCUCCGGCCAGCGACCGCGCUGUGCCGCGUCGCGCACCAUGCUCCAGCCGGGACCCGAGCGCCCGCCGCCCGCGCCCCAGCCAGCGCAGCAUCCCGGCCUCCGCCGGCAGGUAGACUCUCCGGGGCAGCUCCUGCGUCUCUUCUACUGCACUGUCCUGGUCUGUUCCAAAGAGAUCGCAGCGCUCACGGACUUCUCCGGUAAGAGCGCCCCACCUCCCCGUGCGCCCCCGACGCCGCCGCUUCCAGGUUACCUUACCAAACUCCUGCAGAACCACACCGCCUAUGCCUGUGAUGGAGAACAUUUGAAUCUGCAGUGCCCUCGGCAUUCUACAAUCAGUGUCCAGUCGGCGUUUUAUGGGCAAGACGACCAGACGUGUGGUUCCCAGCAGCCUGCUCCCCAGAAGAAGGGCAGCUUGACGUGUGUGGCACCCACCUCGUUGCAGAAAGUGCUGGAUGAGUGCCAGAACCAGCGGGCCUGCCACUUCCUGGUCAAUAGCCGUGUUUUUGGACCUGACCUUUGUCCAGGAAGCAGUAAAUACCUCCUGGUCUCCUUUAAAUGCCAACCUAAUGAAUUAAAAAACAAAACCGCGUGCGAAGACGAGGAGCUGAAGCUGCACUGCCACGAAUCCAAGUACCUCAAUAUCUACUCGGCGACAUAUGGCAGGCGGGCCCUGGAGACGGGUGUCUGCUUCUCGGAAGCAGAGCCUCUGCCCCCCUUUGACUGCUUGUCUUACUCAGCUUUACAAGUGUUGUCCAGGAGGUGCUAUGGGAGGCAGAGAUGCAAAAUCAUUGUCAACAAUCACCAUUUCGGAAGCCCCUGUCUUCCAGGAGUGAAAAAAUACCUCACCGUUGCCUAUGCAUGUGUUCCCAAGAACAUACUCACGGCGAUUGAUCCAGCCAUUGCUAAUCUAAAACCUUCUUUGAAGCAGAAAGAUGGUGAACAUGGUAUAAACUAUGACCCAAACGCAACGAGGGUUCUGAGGAAAGACGGAGUCAUUGUUAGCAGCUCUCUGGCAGCAUUCGCGUACAUUAGAGCCCACCCCGAGAGGGCCGCCCUGCUGUUCGUGUCCAGCGUCUGCCUCGGCCUGGUCCUCACGCUGUGCGCCUUGGUCUUCAGAGUGUCCUGCGCCAAGGACUUCCGGGAGCUGCAGCUGGGGAGGGAGCCGCUGGUGCCAGGAAGUGACAAGGCUGAGGAGGACAGUGAGGACAAGGAGGAGGGGGGUGAGGACUCCUCUGACUCUGACUUUCCCGGGGAGCUGUCGGGGUUUCGUCGGACUGCGUAUCCCGUCUACAGUUCCAUCGAGGCUGCCGAGCUGGCAGAAAGGAUUGAGCGCAGAGAGCAAAUCAUUCAGGAGAUAUGGAUGAACAGUGGUCUGGACACGUCACUCCCCAGAAACAUUAGUCAGUUCUACUGAAAGCAGGUGCCUCCUGAUGCGGUCACACCUGCUGACGCGGGACAGACGCAAAAUGCCCCUCCGGUCCUGUUCCACUUGUACCUUCUGUGAAGGAGAAUUUGUCAUGCCAUCUGAUACUGGUGAAGCCAGAAAGACAUUAAAAGGGACGUUUCAAACUGUUUACAAGACAUUCCGAAAUAAAUUGGGAGAAAGAGGC